AUGACCCUCAUGGAACCCCUGUGCUCCCCUUUCUUCUUGGAAGAAGGGGAGAGGGAACCCUAUUUCUGUUCAGUUGUUCCCCCCAGAGCUGACACGAAAGGCCUGUAUUUCCAGGCAUUUGGGGGCCGCCGCCGCUGUCUCAACAAGAGUGUAGCCCCUCUUCUAGCCCAUGGCUACCGCCGCUUCUUGCCCACCAAGGACCACAUCUUUAUCCUUGACUAUGCGGGGACCCUCUUCUUCCUCAAAAAUGCCCUGGUCUCCUCCACCCUUGGCCAGAUCCAGUGGAAGCGAGCCUGCCGCUAUGUUGUUUUGUGUCGAGGAGCCAAAGAUUUUGCCUCAGACCCAAGAUGUGACACAGUUUACCGUAAAUACCUCUAUGUGUUGGCCACUCGGGAGCAGCUGGAAGUGGUAGGCACAACCGGCAGCCGGGUCUGCGACUGUGUCGAGGUCUAUCUGCAGUCUAGUGGGCAGCGGGUCUUCAAAAUGACCUUCCACCACUCCAUGAGCUUCAAACAGAUUGUGCUGGUUGGUCAGGAGACUCAGCGGGCUCUACUGCUCCUCACAGAGGAAGGAAAGAUCUACUCUUUGGUGGUGAAUGAAACCCAGCUGGACCAGCCACGCUCCUACACGGUUCAGCUGGCCCUGAGGAAGGUGUCCCGUUGCCUGCCUCACCUGCGUGUGGCCUGCAUGGCUUCCAACCAGAGCAGUACUCUGUACAUUACAGAUGAGGGGGGAGUGUAUUUUGAGGUGCAUACCCCAGGGGUGUAUCGUGAUCUCUUUGGGACCCUUCAAGCCUUUGACCCCCUGGACCAGCAGAUGCCACUUGCUCUCUCACUGCCUGCCAAGAUCCUAUUCUGUGCUCUUGGUUACAAUCACCUUGGCUUGGUGGAUGAAUUUGGCCGAAUUUUUAUGCAGGGAAAUAACAGAUAUGGGCAGCUGGGAACGGGGGACAAAAUGGACCGAGGGGAACCCACACAGGUGAGACUGUUUACCAGCAAUUCUCAUCCUGACCCCCAUCUUUCAAUUCCCUGACCUCUGGGUCUCUC